GUCAAAUUUGCAAAGCAAAUAAAGCAAUGAGAAUGCAAUGCAAUAUCCAAAUAACUAUUGAAAUCUUGGUUUAAAUUGAGAUCAAGUAACAAUUGCAGGAUAAAGAAAUAAAAAGUGUUUUUUUAAAGAAUUAUGGUUUAAUGACUGAUCAUUACUUCGACCGGGACAGACGGUAUUAUAAAAUUCAUGACCUUAUUGAUGUUUUUAUUAAUAUCAUUUUAGUGAUUCGCGAACUUGAUUAUUAGUGUUUACGUAAUGGAGUACGACAAUGAGGAGAAUACUUGGCGGCGACCCUCCGCGCAGAAGGUGGACCGGUCGAAGUGCAAUCAGAUACCGAAGCGGUCGACCACGGUGGCCGUGGUGGUGCUGGGGCUGGCCGUGAUGAGCUGCCUGCUCGGCUACUGCGUGCUCAGCGAGACGCUGCCCUACGAGUCGAGGACUUUACGACUUGUCAUUAUUUUUUUUCGCCAUGGAGCUAGGACCCCAAAUUCAAGUUAUAAGACUGACCCUUUCAAAGCAUACCAAUGGCCAGAAGGCUUGGGAGGUCUUACCAAUACUGGGAAGCUUCAAUUGUAUGAGUUGGGAAAGAAGUACCGCAGUUAUUAUGCUAAUUUUAUUGAUGAAGAAUACUAUGAAAAGGAUGUGCAAGUGCAAAGCAGUGACAAGUCUAGGUGUCUGAUGAGCGCUGCCACAUUCCUGGCCGGCCUGUACCCUCCAGCUGAGCGACAGGUCUGGAACCCCGAGCUGCUGUGGCAACCUAUCCCCAUUCACUCCUUACCAACACAUUUGGAUAAUAUUGUUGCUAGUACUAAGCCUUGCAAAGUUUGGAAAGCUAUGUAUGAAGAAUUACUUGAGAAAUCUAAUAAAGAUGCAAAAUACACUAAACUGUUUGAAUACUUGAGCAAUCACACAGCCCAAGAUAUGCACAGUGUGUUGGAAGUUGAUUUUCUGUACAGCACCUUCCUGUCACAGCAAGAGGCCGGGCUCAAGAUUCCUGAGUGGACUAAAAACUAUUUCCCAAAUCAAAUGAGGUCUGCAUUCAUGAACAGUCUGGCCCUGCUGUCCUAUAACCACACUUUACAGAGAUUCAAAGUAGGUCCGCUGUUGAAUGAGAUGCGAGAGAACUUAGAAAAGUGCGUGAGCUACAGCGGCGAGGGCCCCUCGCCGCGUUCGUUGCUGGUGUACUCGGGGCACGACGUGAACGUGGUGGCGCUGUGGCGCGCACUCAACUACACCGAGGACCUCGAGCCGGAGUACGGCGCCAGCCUCGUCUUCGAGCUGCACGAGGAACUCGAUCAAGGCUUCUUUGUCAAGGUGUUUUAUCGCAACAAUACGAAGAUAGAAGUACCAAUGGAGUUAAAACUGUCGUUCUGCGAGGAGCCGUGCCGCUACACCGACUUCCUGCAGUACAUCGACACGCUCAUCCCCGAGGACUGGGAUGCCGAGUGCCAGAACACCCCACACUGAACUCGUCCCUCGACUGCCGCGCGAGACUGCCUCUUGACACUGAGCAGUUGUACCACUCUCGAGAACGGCACAACUGUACCUGGGCCUGGCACAAAUUGCGUCAGUGAUUUCAUAAAGUGGUUAAUUAACGUAAAUUAACUUAAGGGAGAUAUAUCGCGGAUUGCGGAACGGUAGCGAUCCAAAGACAUAGAAAAUACUAUUUUUAGUGAUGUGUUCCCCCUAAAUACUUUUUUGGUUGCUACCGCUCUGCAAUCUACCAACGAAGUGUGGCAGUUGAUUUUCAUUAUGCCCUAUACGAGUGUGGUGCGACAUUUAGGGACCGUCGCGUCGCUGGCUAUCGAUAUCCAUUAUAAAAUGGAUUAGCAAGUUUACACUUUUAGUUAACGGAUUUAUAAUCACGUUUGUACGUUUGUAUUUUUAAUAGCUCUGUAUCUAUUCCCCUAAGAACAAGGCAGCUAAAAGAAAAGUUGAAGAUGAGUUGAUUGGUUACUCAUGAUAAUCUCUCAUUUCCAAUAUUCCACCCUUAAUGCAAACAAGAGAUUUAGGUCAUAUACAUAGAAGGCAAAUAACCGCACACCGAUUCUAAUUUGUUAAAGAACUGUCAACCGUUAUAUGAGUCGUAUCAUAAUUACGUUUCUGUAAGUACAAAUUUCUCUUGUAUGCACUUAUAGGAUUAUUUUUUCUUUUUGGUUGCUUCUAAAAAUGUAUGUAGUUAAAUUAUUGACCUUAUGAAUUUGUAGUACCUUCUUAACGCAUUCACUGCCAACAACUCGCUAAGCGGGCGCUCAGUACGUAAUCACAUUUCGCUACAUACGACGAGUUUUCACACGUUAUCGGCUACGCUCAUAGCACUCGCUGGCACUGAAUGUGUUAAAAUAGUUUGCCUUGUACAGUAUUCCUUGUGAGCAUCCCUCUUAUAUUUACCAUAUAAGUAUCGACGAUUUUCAUUAUACAGCAUUUUACUAUAUGUAUACCUAGUUGCGAAUUGGUUCCCCUUGUAAGCGAAACUACUUGUCUUUGUAGUUUAAGAGUUAUACGUUAUACUCUUAUUGUUACCAUCUCCAGCCAUCAUCAUUGGUCAAAUAUUUGUAUUGAUAUACCUAAUAGUUAGUCAAUAACAGCCAAUCUUAGGCUACAUUGUUGUUUUUGUAUUGUGAUUGUUAUAAAUAUAUCUUUAUAUUUUAUGUGGACAAA